AUGCUCCCCACACCGUCCACCUCUCACGUCUCCUUCGACGCCAUCUACGAACCAGCCGAAGACUCCUACGUCUUCCUCGACACCCUAUCGUCCCCGACAGAAUCAUCCUGGCUGAAGCAGCGUUUUUCCAGCCCUGGCACCGACACUCCCUCAACCGCAACCCCACUCAUCGUCGAAGUCGGGACCGGAUCCGGCGUCAUCCUAGGCUUCGUAGCGGGCAACUCACAAGAGAUCCUCGGGAGGAGAGAUGUCCUCGCGCUAGGAACGGACGUGAACCGCGACGCAUGUCUCGCGACCAAAGAGACAGUGGAGAAGGCCAUUCGUGAGCGACAAUGCCAUGCAAAAGAUGAUGAUAAUGGCGUCGACAGCGGAUCGCAUAAAACGCAAUACCUGGCGUCUCUGAAUGCGGACCUAUACGGUCCCUUACGUCCUAAUAGUGUCGAUGUCCUACUUUUCAAUCCUCCAUAUGUCCCGACGGAGGAGCUGCCUCGUUUACCAUCCUCCGCGCUAGUGACGUCGUUAGAGGCGAUGUCGAAAUCGGACCGGUUCGAACACGAGUCGUAUUUGCUUUCCCUUUCAUAUGCUGGUGGUGCGGAGGGGAUGGAGGUUACCAAUCGCUUUCUACAGACACUUCCGGAUAUGCUGGAUCCCGUGCGUGGAGUGGCGUAUGUGCUUCUCUGCAAGCAGAAUCGGCCCGAGGAGGUCAAGAAGAGGAUAUGCGGUUGGGGGAAUGGGUGGAUGGCUGAGACUGUUGGGGGAAGUGGGAUGCAGGCUGGUUGGGAGAAGUUGGUUAUUGUGAGGAUUUGGAAAGGAGCCAUUGAGGAUUCUACUACGAUCACCGAAAAGGACAGAUAA